CAUAUCAGUUUCAGUGCAUGAACUUGGCCACGCUCUAGCUGCUGCAAGGCACUACAUUCUGGAAAAGCAGUGAGGGGAUACAGAUGGAGUACAUAGCUGUAUUUCUGGCUUCAUUAUUUCCAGGCGCUCUUGUGGCAUUCAAUCACGAGUUAUUGCUGGCAUUAUCCAAAGUUUCUGCUCUUCGUAUAUACUGUGCUGGCGUUUGGCAUAAUGCAGCUCUCUGUGCUGUUUGUGCUUGGGCGUUGUUUGUUGAACCCUUGAUCUUGUCUCCAUUUUACAUUCAUGAUGAAGGCCCCAUGGUGCUGGAUGUGUCUCCAACAUCGCCAUUGUCUGGCUAUUUAUCUCCUGGUGAUGUCAUAAUAUCAUUGGAUGGCAUCCGCAUCAAUAAUCUUCAGGAGUGGUCGCAAAUGAUUGCUAUACUAACUGAGCACUAUCAAAACUCUCAGAAUCACAGCCUUCCUGGGAACUCUAUGAAAACAAGUGUUGGUAAAGGCUACUGUGUUCCCUAUUCUUUGAUUGAAGAGAGCAAACAUAUUUCGUUGAAAGGCAAUGAAACUUCUUGCCCAGAUGAAUUAAGUCCAUUUAUUACCAUUCAAUGCUUGGAUCAGGCCAUGCCUGAUGAUGAUAAUCUUGAGGUUAACCAUCAAAGGGAUGGAGGUGAACUCCACUGCUUGUAUGCAACGGAUAUAUUAAACCUUGAGAAAUGUGGUGAUGGUUGGGGUAGAAUUCGUAACAACAGGAGCAGCUGCUUGUGUUCCAAGGACAAAGCAUGCUUUGUUCCACUUUUGUCGACCGGUGUAGCAUGGGUGGAGAUAGCAUAUUCAAAUCCUCCUCUGCAAUGCUCGCAACUUGGAACAAUGCGUGUUGUUGACGAUGAUAACUCAAGGGAGAACCCCUGUGUUAAGACUUUUGUUUUUGUGGGUGAUGUAAAUUCAAUGAAGCCUUCAGUUCUUUUGACUUCAUAUCAACCUCGUUGGUCCGCUAAAUUUGGUGCACAUCUUCCAUACGUACUGGAAAAGUUUUUGAUGUUCACCUUUAAUGUCUCUUUGGCCCUUGCACUUCUCAACAGCCUGCCGGUAUGUACUCAUAUAGAAAGGAUAACUUUCUCUGAUUUCCUUGUCUUUUAGCCCUCGUGUGGUCAUAUCUUGUUGUGUAUUUUCUGUGUUAAGCUUCAAUGGAACCUCAAUGUGAUGUUAGGAAAUACCAGUUUUGUGGGAGGUUGCAACAGCUUGAUGGUUACAGAAUUGUGCUGAUUUGGGCCCAAAAGGAUAGAAAUCAUUGUGGAUGAAAUGGGUCUUAUAAUGGAUAAUUUCUUAGAAAGAUUAAGCAUGAAAAGAGCUUGGAAAACAUGAAAGUCGAGGCAUGUUUAAUGCUGGAAAAACAGUGAUGAUUUUAUGGAAAGAUGAAAAGAAAAAAGAAAACAUUGCAAAUUAGGUUUCGUAAGGCAUCAUACCACAAGUUUAGGAUUAUUUGGAUGAAGGAAGAUUACUGAAGUAUCAUGUAAUAGGUUUACUUUAUGGAAUUGAGAGUAUGACAUACUUGGUGUAGAUGUUACCUACUCGUGCUCAAAAGGGUUACCCUUAACAUAUAGGAAGCAAAUGCUAUUCCUGUUCCAAACGACUUCUUAGGCCUCAUUUGUUUGCACUUAAUGGAGGUCUGAAUCUUAAUAAUUCAGAUCUCAAACAUUAAGUGCGUUUGCUUUUAAGUCUGAAUCUUAGUUAUUCAGAUCUUAAUAAUUAAGUUUGUUUGUUUUUUUUACUUCACAACCACGUAAUGAGUUUGAAUAUGUCUGUAUGAUUAAGAACUAUAACAGAGACUUAAUUUCAUUAAGAUGUUAUCACAUAUUCAUUAUUACCCGCCGCUACUGCCUACCACUAUCAACUACCAUCAUGCCACCA